ACAUUUUGACCUAAACUGCCAUGGAAAUUAUAUUACAUCAAGAAGAGUAACUCAGCGCGUGCAAGCUUCUGUACUUAUGUUUUUGACCCCAUAGCGGAGCGUGCUUGUCACACUCUAUAUAUCCAUGUGGGCAUUAAACCCCGCGCAAUUCAGAAGGGUAGCCUCCUUUAUCUCCUUGGUAGGGACUGGUGUCUGCUGUGACACAACAGAGCCAACGGCAAUGUUGCAACCCACAUGAAUACGAAAGAGAAGAGUAGAGCGCAAAGGCUCUUCUUUUUAUCACUCUGCAGUCUGCACUUUAUUUGAUGAGUAUAAUUUGAUCUGGGUCGACGAUGGAGAGUGUUCCGUGGGAGGACGAGCUCGAUGAAAUGAGUGAGCGGGUUGAGAGCUACGGUUUGAGUGCAGACGUGACUGACUCAGAGAGUUCGAGAAGUGACUUUUCACGUCGGCAUGUCGAGUAUGUUAAUGUUAAUUAUACCGGCACUUCAGCUCCGGUUCCGAUCAUGUUGCCGGCGGUAGGUUCUAGACACGUUGUCUUUCCCGUCACCAACAAAAUGCAGAAAAGGGAUACUGACUUAUCUGGACUUUCUUAGAGAUGUUACACCAAAAAGUAACAUGUUUAUCAAGUGACACAGAACGACUCAUGAAAUGAAGAUCCUUCCCCGCACAUUCAACAUCGCUUUUGUAUUCUUUUUCGUGGAUAUUUAAAGUGUAUUCUGAUCCGGGUUCUUGCUGUUGCAGAAGCUGAACUGAUGAAAGAACUUUUUGCUAAACUUCUGCUUGGAGAAGAUAUGUCAGGAGAGGGAAAGGGAGUUUGCACAGCUCUUGCCAUCUCCAAUGCCAUUACAAACCUUUCUGCUUCUGUGUUUGGGGAAGUGUGGAAGUUAGAGCCGCUAGCACAGCAGAAGAAGCUGAUGUGGCUUAAAGAAAUGGAGUGGCUUUUAUGUGUGAGCGAUUCCAUAGUGGAGCUUAUUCCAUCAUUGCAAGAAUUUCCAGGUGGUAGGACAAUUGAAGUAAUGGUGACACGCCCACGCUUGGACCUUCACGUAAACCUCCCUGCCCUCAAGAAACUUGAUACCCUGCUAAUUAGCAUUCUUGAUGGGUUUACUGAUUCUGAGUAUUCUUAUGUCGACCAUGGGAUAAUUGUUGCUGGAGCUGAUGGCAUUGCAACAUGUCCCUGCUCUUCGUCAUCUGGGAGGCCUUCAAUUAUGCAGGAAGAAAAGUGGUGGCUCCCAUUCCCUAAGGUUCCUCCUCAUGGGUUGUCUGAGAAUAUGAGGAAGAGAUUAGAGCAAUGUAGGGAGUGCACAAAUCAGAUCCUUAAGGCUGCCACGGCUAUCAAGAGUAGUGUUUUGGCUGAAAUGGAAAUCCCAAACUCUUACUUGGAGAGCUUGCCCAAGAGUGGAAAAGAAUGCUUAGGUGAGAUUAUGUAUAACUACAUAACUGCUGAUCAGUUUUUCCCAGAGAGUCUUCUUGGAUACUUGGACAUGUCAUCAGAAUAUACUACUUUGGAAGUAGCUAACAGAAUUGAGGCUUCUGUGCACAUUUGGAGACAGAAGCACCUGAAGAGGUGUUUAGUUCAUGCAAAGUCCAGUAGGUGGGGUUACACGGUCAAAGGAUUUGUUGGUGACAUAGAACGAAGUAAGCUUCUAGCACACCGGGCUGAGACCAUACUACAGAACUUGAAACUAAGGUUCCCCAACCUCCCGCAGACUACUUUGGAUAUGGCCAAGAUUCAAUAUAACAAGGAUAUAGGGCAGUCAAUCCUUGAGAGCUAUUCUAGGGUGAUGGAGAGCUUGGCCUUCAACAUAUUGGCUAGAAUUGAUGAUCUCCUGUACGUGGAUGACGCCACAAAACAACGCUUACAUGCAGCAGCAGAGUCUGCAUCUCUAUAUGAUCAAGGCUGGCUCGGCUGUGCUCCUAGACAAAAGGGAGUAUCACUUGGCCCAUCAUUAAUUCAACAGAGUCCUUCUACCUCUCCAAUUAGAACACGAGGAUUAUACUCUCCCGAUCGAGUGAUUGGAAGCCCUGGUGGAGGGUUGCGCCGCUCUCUGGAGAAGAGAAAUCUAAGAGAUUCACUUGACAAGGCAUUGGAAAAGCUAACUUUCUAAUUCCGAGAAAAGAACAUGACCUGACAAUGCUUUGAGAUAAUUCAGAAUUUCAGAUUACAUAAUUCCUUUUGGUGGUUUCGUGAGCCUGUUGAACAACAAAGGGGACGAUUAAGGGGAAUGUCCUAUAUGGUCCCUUCUUCUAUACUUCAUGUCUAAACAUUACCUUAGUUCUCUUUUUCAUUUUUUUAGGUUAAUUGUUAGCUAGGAUCAAGUAUUGGGUAUCUCUAAUCACCAAUGAAUAGUAAUGGUGAACCAUUGUUUCAGCUUAGCUGCACUUUCUUGGCAUUCUUUGGCUGUAAUUAACCGGUAGUUCUGGCCACUGU